AUGGAACCCAAAGUCCAUACCAUUUUCGAGCCAGUUACUGCUACUUGGCAGUACAUCGUCGCAGACCCGGUCAAGAAGGAAGCCGUCCUAAUUGACACGGUCCUGGACUAUGACAAAGAUACGGGCACGAUCAGCACGAAGUCUGCCGACAACCUGCUUGAGAUUGUGUCGAAACACGACUAUUUCGUCUCUCGGAUUCUCGAAACGCACGCGCACGCAGAUCACUUGACAGCGUCGAGAUAUCUGCAACAUGAAUUGACGCAGCGGCAGAACGGCAAGCGACCUCUUGUCUGCAUCGGAAAGGGCAUAACCGGCGUGCAAGAGACCAUGGGGAAGAAAUACAACGUUCCCAAAGAAGAGAUGCAAGACGCGUUCGACCAUCUGUUCUCCGAUGGCGAGAAGUUUUCGAUCGGCGACAUCGAAGCGGAAGUCGUCCAUCUGCCCGGCCACACGCCCGACCACAUCGGCUACGUGAUCGGCUCCAACAUCUUCGUCGGAGACUCGAUCUUCAACCCGGACGUCGGAUCGGCGCGCUGCGACUUCCCAGGCGGCUCGGCCACCGCGCUCUACAACUCUGUGCAGAAACUUAUGGGCUUCCCGGACCACUUCAAGAUACACGUCGGCCACGAUUAUCCGCCCAACGACCGGCCCGCCCCGGACACGGAUGGUCUGCGAGCCAUCCCGUUCACCACGGUCGAGCAGCAAAAGAAGGAGAACAAGCACGUGAAGCACGGAACGGCCAUGGAACACUUCGUGAAAAUGCGUUCCGAACGAGAUAGCACGCUCUCCGAACCGAAACUGCUCCUUCCCUCGAUGCAUGUCAACAUCCGAGGUGGUCGACUGCCUUCAAAGCCAGUGAAAGGUUUCAAGUUGGAGCAUGUCCCAAAGAGUGCGGAAAUGUUGCGUGCGUCGAUGUGA